AUGUCUAAACAAUUAUAUAUGAAAAGAUAUAGUGUUUCAAUUAAUAUCGUUUUAAGAUGGUUUGCUAAACUUGAGAUGACUAUUCCAAAAGAUUUACCAAAAGAUGGUUCAAUAGAAUUAAUUGAAAUGCCAAUGAAUAAUGGAAAAUCUUUUAUUUCUAAUCCACAUUUUAUAUGUGAAAUGAUACACCAUAAAGUUAUAAGAAUUCGUUUACACCCAACUUCACUUUCUGAUUUAAUACCAAAAUAUUUAGAACAACAUAGUCCAACAUAUAUUUUUAAUAAAUCAUAUUAUGAAAUGAAAAAAGGAAUGAUUUAUGAAAGAAAUGUUGAUGAAGCUAAAAGUCCAAAUCCUUCAAUAAAAUCUGAUAGUGAUGAAUUUUAUCAACUUGUUGCUCAUCGUAUAAUGAGAAUAUUAAAAAAAGAUUUUAUACGAAGAAAACAAACUGGACCUCAUGGAGAAACUCACGAAUGGAAAAAUGGACAAAUACCAUUAACUUUAUUUUUGGAACUUAUUGAAGGAUUAAAUAAUGUUCUUAAUCAAAAACCUUCAUUUGUUACUGUUACACCACCAUGUUUUGUUGUUGGUGAUUUGAGUGGAAGUUAUGAUGAUGCAAUUAGACUUUUUUAUGCAUUAGAAAUUAUUCCAUCAAGUAGUUUUGGUCCUUGUAAUGUAGUUCUUGUUGGUGAUUAUAUACCAUUUGGUCCUCAUCCAAUUGAAGUAUUUGCUUUGAUAGCUGCACUUAGAAUUUUAUGUCCAUUAAACUUUAUAUUGUUAAAUCCUCAAUAUCCUUUAUUAAAUCUACCUAAUGAAUUAAUUCCAAUAUUUGGUUCUAUUAAAUCUAAAAUUAUUGAUCAAUAUGGAAAUGAUAAAUUAUAUUAUGCAAUUGUUGAAUCUAUUAGUCAUUUUGCAAUUGGUGCAUUGAUUGAUAAUAAAAUUCUUUGUCUUCAUCUUGGAUUACCAGAUUAUAUUUCCACUUCUUCUAAUAUUCUUGAAGAACUUAAAAAAUUGAAGAAAAUCUCUUACAAAACUAUUCCUAUAGGUGGUUCAGAAAAAGAAUCUAAAGAAAAUGGAUGGUUGUUAGAUACAGAUGUUCUAGAAAAUACAAAGUGUGAUUAUAUUAUUAGAGGAAAAGGAAAUGAAAAAGAUAAUAUUCUUUUAUCAGAGAGUGGUCAUAUGUUAUUCUUAAAAUCACAUUGUAUGGAUUCAGAAUCAAAAAGAAGUGCAGGUGUAUUAGUAGAUAAGUCUAUGUUAAGAAUAUUAGUAGUUUCUAAACAUACUACUGGUAUUGAAAAAGAAGAAGAACAAGAAAUGGGUCAAGAGUAA